AUGCUAUCAGUCCUCCCGGCAGCGCGCUCAAAAGCGACGAGCUCAUCUGCAACGACCAUUCUCCAGACUCGCACGGUAUCCUCGUCGCCGUAUGGCCGGACGCACGUGUGGAAACACCGCCAGCGCAAACUCCCGAAUCCGGUCGUGCCCCAGUUCCCGCAGCUCGUCAUCCGUGCGGACGGCAGCUCCUUCACUCAAUGGACAACAUCACCGCGGUCAUUUAUGAAGCUCACACGUGACACGACCAAUGCGCCAUUAUGGAACGUGUCGGCGCUCGCGAACGAGGGGAUGCAGGAGGAGAGCGAGACCACUGGUCGUCUGGGAAGAUUCAGCAGGCGGUUCGAUCGGAGGGGAAGGGCAAAAGGUCAUAGGUUCACCUGCUUCAUCUUAGUACUCCGCCGUCGCAGGAUGCAGAUCCCAUCCGGCGUCACAUAUCAUAUAGCCUGUGUAGCUUUUUAA